AUGGCAGAUGAAAAAAUAAAUACUGCUUCACCAUUUUCAACAACAACAACAGUCCCUACACCAACUACUAAACAAUCAUCAAUAACAGUUGCAGUUAGAGUACGACCAUUUACGGAAAAUGAAAUAACAAAAUUAAUCAAGACUGAUCAAGAUGAUAUUUUUUUAAGUGAUGGAAGUUUAACAGAAAAGGAUUCAAUGAAACAAAAAUUCUUAACUCAAGUGGGGAUUAGAAAAAUUAUAAAUGUUGUUGAUGAUAAGAUGUUAAUUUUUGAUCCUCCAGAGACUAAUCCAAUAGUAAAAAUGCAAAAAAAUUUAUUUCCAAAAGGUUCAAGAAUCAGAGAACAUAAAUUUGUAUUCGAUAAAUUAUUUGAUGAAGAUUCUACUCAAGAUCAUGUAUAUCAAAAUACCACUAGACCCCUAUUGGAAUCAGUAUUGGAUGGAUAUAAUGCUACUGUAUUUGCAUAUGGUGCAACUGGAUGUGGUAAAACACAUACUAUUCUGGGUACUUUGGAUAAUCCUGGUGUCAUAUUUUUAACAAUGAAGGAAUUAUAUGAAAAAAUCGAGGAAUUGAGUGAUACAAAAUUAAUUGAUAUAAGUUUAUCAUAUUUGGAAAUUUACAAUGAAACAAUAAGAGAUUUAUUGAACCCAGAAACUGAUUAUAAAAAAUUAGUAAUUCGGGAAGAUUCGAACAAUAAAAUUACAGUAUCGAAUUUAUCAACUCAUAGACCAGACUCAGUAGAUGAAGUUAUGCAUUUAAUAAUGGCCGGUAAUGCAAAUAGAACAUCAAGUCCAACUGAAGCAAAUGCAACUUCUAGUAGAUCUCAUGCUGUUUUACAAAUAAAUGUUGUUCAAAAGAAUAGAACUGGUGAUCUAAAAGAAGAACACACAUUUGCAACAUUAUCCAUAAUAGAUUUAGCAGGUAGUGAAAGAGCAGCAGCUACAAAAAAUAGAGGAGUAAGAUUGAAUGAAGGAGCAAAUAUUAAUAAAUCUUUAUUAGCUUUGGGAAAUUGUAUAAAUGCAUUAUGUGAUCCAAAAAGAAGAAAUCAUGUACCAUAUAGAGAUUCAAAAUUAACAAGAUUAUUAAAAUUUUCUUUGGGAGGUAAUUGUAAAACUGUUAUGAUAGUUUGUGUUGCUCCAAGUAGUAUUCACUAUGAUGAAACUUUGAAUACUUUAAAAUAUGCAGAUCGAGCAAAAGAAAUAAAAACUAAGUUAACACGAAAUCAACAUAACUUAAAUCGUCAUGUUGGAUCAUACUUAAAAAUGAUUACUGAACAAAAACAAGAAAUCGAAGAGUUAAGGGCUAGAGAGAAUAAAAUUGUUGAUAUUGCAAUUGAAAAAAGAAAGAAAGUGGAGCAAAGUACGUACAACUUACUACAAGAUACUAUCAGUUCAAUACGGAAGAAUAUUGCCAAAUAUAGUCAAGAGAAAUUCAAAAAACUAUUCUUACUUGCUAAAAGAAAAUUACUACUACUACAAAAAGUUGAAACUGAACAACUUUUACAUAUUGAUCAGAAUCAUCAGCAAAAUCAAUACAUAUCCACAAUCUAUAACCUACGAGAUCAAAUCAUUUCCAAAAUAGAGCAUCAAAUUAUUCAAAUAGAGUCACAAUAUAGUCAACCAUAUGAAAUAGACCACAUAUUAGGAGAAUCAGCAAAACAAACGUUAAAAAGAAUACAGAAUGACCAAGGCUGGACCAAUAAUCAUACUGAAAUUUUUAAUCAACUUAUUUUAUCCUUACAUAAUCAAAUACAAAUGGAUAUAUUAGUCAAAUCAUCAGCAUUAUACGAUAAAUUAAUUCAUUCAUUAUAUGACUAUUAUUAUCCUUCGAAAGCAAUAGCAAAUUAUUUAUCAAAUAUCAAUAACGACGAUAGUAAUGAAACUUUGCUCCAAAAUUUAAUUCAAGGUUUGGAGAACUUGGUCAAUGGUAAUUUUGAAACAGCUAUUGAAAAUCAUGCCAUAGAAUAUUUCAAAGCAAGAUCAUGGGAAGAAUUUGAGGAUGAUAUACAACAUCCAAUAAAAAAACCUAAAUUUACAAUGUCACCACCAAGAAUAACAACUAACACAACUACUUUUAAAAGACCAUCAAUUAAAAGAAUGAAAAGUUCACCAAAUCAUAGACCAUCAAGAAAAUCGAAACUACUUAAUAAUCAUAACUACAAUAAUACUACUAAUGGUAGACAUCAUUCAUUAAUUUUACCAUCAUCAACUACAUUAGAACCAGAUUCCUCAAUGGAUGAUAUAACAUUUCAUAAUAAUUCGGAUAUUGUAAUGUAUAAUGAUGAAGAAGAAAAAGAAUCCCCAAUAAACAAUAAUAUUAUUGAUUUAGAUUUACAAUUAGAUUUGCAAUUAGAUUCUCCACCUCCACCUCCACUAUUAAGAAGCACUUCAUUGAAUGUUGAUAAAAAUUUGAGAAAGAAUCACAUUAGUGAAAAGUUAAAUGAGAAUGAUAACAUUGACUUGAAUGAUAUGAAUGGUUCACAAAUUAAUAAUGUACUAAAAUUUAAUAUGAUUGAACUGAAAUUACCAUUGUUGAAUACACUGGCAGCUUCAAAAAUUACACAGAAUGUAGAAUAG